AUGGCGGUGCCAGGCUUCGGCCUCCAGCGGGGGUGCCACGCGCGGCACGCGGUGUCUACGCCGCUCAGCAGCGCGAGAUCGAGACGCUCUUGCAUCUGCAUGCGCGCGGGCCUCUCGCCGCGGGCGUCGGCCGCCGCGCGAGGCACCCGGCGUGGGGACAGCGGCACUGCCCGGCCCGACACGGAAACGCGGGGCGCGCCCGACGAGCGCGGGUUCCCCACCGUGCGCUCCGUCUUCAUCGAGAAGCAGGAGGGCGCCGACGCGGACGCCGGCGCACCGCGUGGCAGGGACGGCACGGAUGGCGGUGCUUUGGUCUCGCGUGAGAGGAAGCGCCCGCUCGCGAUCAACAUCGACCUCCUGCUGUACAACGCCCGCCUGGCGAACAGGAAAGCCCACACGACGCUGAACCCCGAGACCCGAGCGCGUCUGCUCGCGGAGGCCGAGGAGACCUUCCGGGCCGCAGUGCGCAAGGAUCCUGAGGACCCCCGACCGUACGUGGGCCUCGGGAAGCUGCUGGGGCGCGCGGGGCGGUGGGAGGAGGCCAGGAGGCUGUACGAGGACGGUUCCCAGGCGACGAACGGCACGUCUGCGCACCUGUGGCAGGCGUGGGCCACGAUGGAGUCGCUCAGGGGGAGGGAGGGCGAGGCGCGCAAGCUGUUCGACGCGGCGACGGUGGCGGACGCGUCGCACGCUGCGGCGUGGCACGGCUGGGGCAUGCUGGAGAUGCGUGGCGGCAACCUCGCGCGCGCGCGCGACCUGUUUCUGCGCGGACUCAAACACGCACGCCCGGGCAAUGAGAGCCCGUUCCUGUACCACUCGCUGUCGCGCGUGUGCCGCCGCAUGGGCGACAUCGAGGGCGCGGACAUCUGGCUGGAGCGCGGCGUCGACUCCCGCCGCGGGCGCGGCAGCUUCGUGCUGUGGAAGGACUGGGCGCUCCUGGCCGCGGAGACGGGCGACAUGGACGCGGCGCGCAUGCGCUUCCGGCGCGCGCUGCAGAUCAAUCCGCGCGCGCGGUACGUGUACUCGGACUGGGCGCGCGUCGAGCGCGAGGCCGGGUCGCGGGAGGCGGCGCGCCAGCUGCUGCAGACGGGGCUGGAGCUCAACCGGACCGACACGGUGCUGAUUCAGGCGCUGGCGAGGAUGGAGGCGGAGGAUGGGGACCUCGCGGCGGCGCGGCGGCUGUUUUUCAAGGGCACGAAGCUCGCGCCGGACCACCUGUACGUGUGGCAGGCGUGGGCGGUGGCCGAGUACGAGGGCGGUGACGUGGCGACGGCGCGGGCGCUGUUCCGGCGGGCGCUGUGGUGCCAGCCGGGCUCCCCCGACGCCGCGAAGGUCCUGCACGCCUGGGCGACGCACGAGGCCACGGCAGGGCACGAGACGCUGGCCCGCGAACUCUUCCGAUGUGCCAUCCUGGCCGAUCCGGAGAACGAGCGGUGCUGGCAGACGUUCGCGGCGUGGGAGGAGCGGUGUGGCUACGACAGGCGCGCGAUGGAGCUACGGCUUGCUGCCGCCGGCGCGGGGCCGGUGCCGCCGAUGCUGCCGCUGCUCCCGGCGGACGAGGCGCUCAGGGGCACGGGGAUGUCCCCGAAGAUCUACGCGUCGGUGGUGAAGUGGACGCAGGAGCAGGGGGAGUGGCGCGCUAAGUGGAAGGCGACGCCGCGGCAGGUGCGGCGGAGGGCGCGGGGGCCCGCGGGCGGCGACGAGGAGGAGCGAGCCGAACGGGACGACAUGGACAAGCGCGGGUUCGUGUAA